AACACGGAGCACAAUCGAAAACAAAGAGCUUUGGAAAUCCUUCCGUUAUUGCACCGCCAUUUCGUCGUUAAGACCCUGCAACCAGAGUCUUCUCAUAAAAUGGCAAAGUUUGUACUGGCUGGCCAAACGGAUUGUCCAUAUUAUGCCAAAGCGGAACUCUUGGCUGACAGCUUGCAGCGUUCUUUACCAAAUUUCCAAAUUCACAAGAUCUCAAUCCUUCCAGAUGAAUGGACGGACUGGCUGCAAGACACAUGCAAAAGAAAUGACUGGAAACACGAAGAGUCCCCGCUGGUGUGGAGAGAACUGGUGCAUCAAGGAGGCAAAGGGAUGUUCUUAGGUGGCUUCGAUGACUUUCUGGAGCACUGUCAGAACUACUACAACAUCACAUCAGACAUGGCCGAAGAAAUGAUGGAAAGUAUUGCUCAAGAAAACCACGAAACCAAGAUCAGCCUCAUUAAGGAGGCGCAGUAUCAUGCCAGUCUCAUCCAACCCCUCCACAUAUGGAUCAGCAGCGCUCUGAACCCGACGUGCAAUAUGCUGAUCCCCAGUCUGCUCUCCGCUGAGGGGUUGUCCCAAGCCUCGGCCAUCAGCCUCCAUCUCUUGGAUCUGAAAGGCAACGAGGAAGAACUGCAAUCGCUGAAGAUGGAGACAGAAGAUCUGGCUAUGCCUUUGCUUCAUCAGGUGACCAUUCACACUGAUCUCGAGGAGGCUUUCCACAAAGCGGAGAUCAUCCUCCUGCUGGAUGACUGCUUGUCUGAAGACAAUGGUGCAGAAGAUGUGCAGCAAGGAGAGAAAAUAAAAGCAGUGGCGGACCUGUACACCGAAUAUGGACGAUUGAUUGAGACAAGGGCCAAAAGGGACGUGAAGGUGAUGGUGUCGGGCCACGCGCUUCUGAACCUCCGAUGUUCCUUUCUACUGAAAGCGUGCUCGAUUGACAGCCGUCGCUUCGUGGCUGUCGCGACUCAGCUGGAGAACGAAGCUAGAGCUGCCAUCGCUAAAAAGCUCAACGUGAGGACUUCAGAGGUGACAGACAUCAUCGUUUGGGGAGAUGUUGGAGACAUCUUCUACGUCGAUCUCCAGAGGGCAAAGGUUUUUAACUAUGACGGACCAAUCAAAGGGCCCCCUUUCUUUUUUCACCCAGUGCUGGAGAUUAUCUACGACAGGGAAUGGCUUGACAACGACUUCCAAGAUAUUGUGCGUGGUCAACAGGCGGCCGUCGUCUCAAAGACCUGCCACGGAGCAGACAUGUCAACUGCCAACGGGAUCCUCACUCUCCUAGCGGCAUGGAACAGGACCUCUACUCCCAGUCAGGUGUUCUCUGUGGGGGUCUUGUGCGCAGACCAUUCCGACAUCCCCGGCGACGUGGUCCUAUCAGUGCCGGUGACCUUCAAAGACGGCCAGUGGUCAGUAGCGUCCCACGUGUCUGUCGGAGAUGAUCUGAAGCAGAGACUUGAUCUUUCUGCAAGUAAACUCAGGCAAGGAAACCGGUGGACAUUUUGUGCUUUUAAAAAGACAGCACCCCCCCUCCCCCCUUCCCUAACAUCAACAUCCCUAAUCAUGUCAAAUGAAUUUCCUUCACAGGGAAAAGAUGUCCGAUGCCACAACAGGUGA